UAAUGAUGCUUCGUGGGUGACUGUUGUUGAUGUGUGCCGAGGGUCCCUGGUUCGCGCCCGGGUAUGGGCGAGGGGACGGUCUAAAGUUACACUGUUACACUAGUCUAGUGUAUGCCUAGCUUUAGGAUUCCAUAUAGAACUCAACUAACACCAAUCCAACUUCAAGGAAGGAAGGAUGUAUGUCUGUCGUAUUUGAACAAGGCCCUUUAAUGAGCACUAAUCACCACCCAGCACUGACGAUGACUGUGCUUCUGUUUUUGCACAGCACAAUUACCUAUUUUAAUUGUAUGGGAUUUUAAUUAGCUUAAUUGUCAUAAUUAGAUCACAUCAAACAUUAGUCAUCAUCUGGCCAUCUUAAAUGUGAAUCUGAAUAAACCUGAUGAGAACAUUUUAUGAGAUUUACUCUAUCUCUCUGUGUGUCUCUCUCUCUCUCACACACACACAAUGAGGUAGGCUGCCUCCUACACAACACAGUCAUUUCGGGCUGACACUAGGCUGACUGCCGACCGUGGACGGAGAACAUACAGAAAGAACCAUUUAAUUCCGAAAAAAAUACAAGGUGUUCGUUUGAUUAAAACGGAAAUUAGCCCACUGUCUAGACUACAGCGUGUCAUAAUUUGCCCUGCGUAUAGGCUACAGGAUGGAGGUCCAGAGUAUGAAAUAGAGACUAACCGAGUAGCAUAUCUAAACCGAUGAUGAGCGGGGUUACUUCGGGCACAGGGUCGGCUUCGUGCCGCUUCGCCCACUACUUCGUGGUGUGUGGAUUGGACACGGAGACUGGUCUAGAACCCGAAGAAUUAGCAGGUGAGAGCUUUGAGCAGAGCCCCCUACGGAGGUCCUUCAAGUCCAAGGUUCUGGCCCACUACCCUGAGAGCACAGACAGGAGUCCCUUCAACAGAGAUGCAGUCAACAUGCUCUGCAUGCCGCACGGCCUGUCGUUCCGUAGUCAGGCGGACGGCCGCGAGCACCACUUCCACUCCUUCACGGUCGCCCAGGACGACGGCACGCGCUCCUACGGCUUCGUGCACACGUACUACGAAGCAGUGACGAGUGCCCAGAUCACCACGGCGAUGCAGACCCUUCAUCAGAUGCACCAUGUGGAGCACUACUCCACCUCCUCUUUGUCAUUUUCCUCCGCCUCCUCCCCCUCCACAUCCAGCAUGGACUCUCUGGUGAGCAGCCUGGAUGAGUUGGAUGCCGACUCCCUGGCAGCGCGCCCCCUGUCGGCUUGUUUGGGCUGCGCGGCGGGCUCCUUCCAACCGGCCCGGGACACCCUGUAUGCCUCCAAGGCCCUCUGCCUCCUCACGCCCCUCCCUUUCCUGCACGCCGCCCGUCACUUCCUGUCCCAGUUGCACCAGGCGGUGACAUCGCACGCGGCCCCGCCACUGCCGCUGGAGAGCUACAUCCACAACAUCCUGUACGAGGUGCCCGUGCCACCGCCCGGUCGUUCGCUCCGGUUCCACGGGGUCCAGGGGCCUAUCGUGUGCCAGCAGCCCGGCCCUGAGGAGCUCCCACUCGGGGACUACCCACUGGGAGAGGCCUUCUCCCUGCUGGGGGUGGAGAACAUGGUGAGGCUGCUCACCUCCGUGCUGCUGGAGACCCAGGUCCUGCUCUACUCACAGGACUACCAGCGGUUGAUGACGGUGGCAGAGGGCAUCACCAACCUACUGUUUCCAUUCCAGUGGCAGCACGUCUACCUUCCCAUCUUGCCCGUGCCCCUGCACCAUCUCCUGGAUGCCCCCGUGCCCUUCUUGAUGGGCAUCCAACGGAAGGAUUGCUCCCAAUGCUCCACUUUGGAUCUGUCCCAUGAGGCCAACCUGUGCUUUGUGGACAUAGACAACCACCGCGUGGAUCCACCCGAGGACCUUCCCCUCUUCCCAGACCAGCCCGAGCUCAUCCUCGAGCUGAACGAGGUGCUGCUGCGUUUCGGCCUCCAGCCAUAUGGUGGCGCCACCACCACCAACCCCGCCCCUGCCGCUCCCCUCUGCCUCAGCAGCCUCGUCCUGGAGGACCUGAUGGAAGACAGGCGCAAUGGGAACCUGGGAGGGGAGGAGUUGGCCGUGCUGGAACGACUGCAGGCACUAGCCAGGAGGUGUGGAGAAGGAGGGGUGGAGGGGGGAAAGACCCUUGGACGGGCGUUCCAGGAGGAGGAGGAGGAGCUGAAUGCGGCCAAAAUGAACGUGCAGCUGAAGGAGGUGUUCGCAGGGCGUUUUGCCGUCAUUUUCGGGAGGUACGAAGAGUUUGUGAUCCACAGCGCUCCCGACCUGGAGUCCUGGCUAGGCAACCGUGACGGAACGAGCAACUUUGAUAAGGGCUCCUUCCUGUCGGCGCAGCCUGCCCCGCACCUGCACUUCCUGUCCUGGUUCCUGGAGACGGCCAUGUUCUCAUCAUUCUUGGACAGCAAGGUGUUGUCUCGCUGGGCCGACCAGGAGCCGCUGCAGCGUGUGUUCGACGGCCGCCUGGAGAGGGAGCACCUCUACGACACGUUUGAGGAUGACCCCGGCAACCGGCGCUACAGGAAGUGCAGCGUGCUCCACAAGUCAGCCCAGGCCAUGGAACGCAGGCUGCUGAAGGUUGACCACACGGCCAUCCACCCCCACCUGUUGGACAUGAGGAUCGGCCAGGGUCGACACCAACAGGGCUGCUUCCCCAGGCUACAGGCUGAUGUACUGGCACAGGGACAUAACACCAAUAAGUGGUCAAGCCGUAACACCCGCAGGAGCGACAUUAAGAGACCAGUGACCAAUGACACGACUUCAGGACUGGGCAAUGACCAGAGAGAGAAGUAUUCCCCGGGGAGGAGGAGCCUACACCAGUCCAAGCUUCUUGACCCCUCCCCCUCAGCUGUCACUCAAAUCCAGCGGGGGUUCGUGGAGGGGCUCCUGAGUGAAUGUCGCCUGAAGACCAGGCGUAUGUUGAUGGAGAGGAUGGGGAAGGAGAGUGUGGAGCUGGGUCAGGGUGAGGCCAGCAUUGCGGGCCUGCAGGAGAACACACUGAUCCACAGCCUCUGUGACCUGCUGGAGAGGACCUGGGGCCACGGGCUGCUGCUCAAACAGGGAAGGUCGGCUCUGUGGUCCCACCUGCUCCACUGCCAAGCCAAUGGGGAGAAGAUGGAGCCACCAUCACCUGCCGAGUCUCCAGUGUCCAAUGGGCUGGACAGCAUGAGGCUAGAGGAGGGGCUUGCACCCCCGAAGGGCUCCUUUGUACAGGAUAUGAGGUUUGUCCAGACUAUGAGUGAGGGUCUCAGUGAGGUGGGUCGGGCGCGGGCCUGGAUCCAUCUUUCCCUGGAGAAAAAAGUGCUCUCGCAACACCUCAAACUGCUGCUGGCCAACCAGAACCUAAUCAGGCAGCUGUACAAGCCCCACGCGUUCCUACUGUGUGAGGAGGAGAGGGAGCAGUUCCUGUUCCACCUGCUGUCCCUCAACACUGUGGACUACCUCUGCUUCACACGCACAUUCACCUCCAUCAGCAUUCCAUACCGUGUUGUCAUAACGCCCAUGAAGAAGCUGAGCAUUGCCAUGACAAUGUCCAACCCCUGGGUGUGUGUGUCUGGAGAGCUGGGUGACUCUGGGGUCAGGCAGAUCCCCAAGAACACGCAGGAGAUCGUCUUCCAGUGCCAGAACCUGGGCAGGCUGAGCACCCUGCAGUUGGGGCAGGAGAACUCUGGACUACUGGCUAAGUGUCUGGUGGACUGUGUGAUUGUGCACAACGAGAUCACUGGACACACCUACAGGUUCCCGUGUGGCCGCUGGCUGGGGAAGGGUGUGGGUGACGGCAGCCUGGAGAGGGUGCUGAUUGCUCAGCUGGUGUCUCCCAGGGGAGAGGAGGAGUCUGGGAGGUGGACGGGGACGCCCCCGGAGCAGGGUUCACCCCCUCAGAGUGGACACAUGGGGUCACUGGGGCGCAGCAACAGUAACAACAGACUGUCUUCUGUCCAGGUGCAGGAGGAAAUGAGGGAGGCAGUAAACAACCUCGUCAAGCACUUCCACAAAGCAGAUCAGGAGAGGGGGAACCUGACUGCUCUGCUGUGUGGAGAGGAGGGGCUGGUGCGCUCCCUGGAACAGUUCCUCCUGCAUGGCUUCAAGUCCUCCCGCUUAUUCCAAAGGAGUGUGUUCAUAUGGGACUUUGUGGAGAAGGUGGUGGUUUCCAUUGAGACGGCGGAUCAAAUGGGUGACUUGCGGGGGUCAACGGAACUGUGUGACUCUCUGUGUCACUAUGCCAACGCCAUCAACGCCUCGCCGCGGAGCAUCGGCAAGGAGGGCAAGUUCCAGCUGCUGGUCUGCUUGGGAGUCAGGGACCAGCUGCUGCCCCAGUGGCUCCCCUUGUUGGCCGAGUCCCACCUGACGGCACGUCUCUACGAGGAGUCGGCUUUGGUCCUGGACCACGCGGCCGUCAACUCCCUCUCUCGCAUCCUCCAUACCCUCCACGAGUUCCCCAUCACCCUGGAGACGGCCCUCAUUAAGGGGGUUGACCUUUAACCCCACCGCCGCUGAGGACACUGGGAUAUGGAGUUUUACCCCUAUUCACAUAAUGCACAACGUACACAGGGUAGCAGGACCUCAACAGAGUCGAGUGACUGCUAGGGCUGGCACAAUUACCGUAUAACCGCUUAACUGACGGUUAUGGAUGAAGACUGUCAUGAAAAUAAAAUCACCUUCAUAACCAUUGAAAUUAUGAUAAUAUUUUUUGGGGGGGGGGUGGAAUGAACAGCUGACGGGACGGCUGGACAUUUGUGCGGUUGCGUCGGUUUCUGCUGUAACACGGACUCUACAACGGAUUAAACUUUGUUUCUCCUUGGUGAAACAGGCAGGAUGUUGUAGCAAACUAGUAUUCAGUUGCCUAGGCAAUGCCCCCCCCCUCCCUGCAGCAGCAGUCAGGAGAGAGAAAAUGUGCGUCUUUAAAGCGGCAAUCUGCGGUUGAAACAAUAAAGCACCCCUGCUUUGGUGUAAAGCUGAGGGGCGGGGCUGGAGAAAUGCAACCACUCUCAAAUUCAUAAACAGAGCUAUGGAUGCAAAGACUGACCAUCCAUGAUGUCAGAAUUAUAGUAUUAACCAUGUUUUAGGGUAAAGUGUUAGUUUUAGAUGUACUUUGUUUUCAAACAUUGGAGUAAAACAAGCUUAUAUUUUAGGUUCUGAUGGCGUAUAACAUUUGAACUAAAUGAGGCAUUUGUUAGUUAUAUUCUUCAAGAAUCAAUGAGUACAUAUCACUCAGUCACAAGUCCCAAAAUGAAUGUAGCAACUGCAGAUUGCCCCUUUAAAAAAUUAUAUAUAUAUAAUUUGUUUUGCUAUUCAUAUGGUUAUAUAACGAUGACCGCGGUCAUUUGGCUGACUAAUUACCGUCAUCCAAAAUGACAUGACCGUCACAGCCCUAAUGACUGCCACUCACGGUGUCCUCUCUCCUUCCUUUCCGCACCGAUCUGCGUAGAUUUGGCAGUUGUAAGUAAGCAGUGUGGCACAAAGCUCGUCACUGGAUCAUCACCUCUUCAAUCCCGUCCUAUCUAGUGUAGAGGAAGGAAAGGAGACAAUGACAGGAAGUUACUUUAAGCCGAAGUCACACGAAGCAAUCUGAAUGCAAAUUUUUUAAUGCUCGCAACAAAGUUGCAUCUGGGUUGCUCAGUGUGUCAACCCACAAAAAUGGCCAGCAACUUAGUUGCAUUGCAUCGCAAGUGCUAGAGAUCGAUCCUAUUUCACCAACUGACUGUAUGCAAUGUCCAAUCAGUGAGCUACAAAGACUUGUUAUAUCGUUCUGUUCGGGACUCAGAUGUCACUUGCAACCAGGGUUGGGUAGGUUCCUUUCUAAAUGUAAUCCGUUAGUUACUAGUUACCUGUCCAAAAUGUAAGGGUAAAUAACCUUUUGAUUACCCAAACUUCAUAAUGUAAUCCGAUUACUUUCUCGCUGAUUAAAGUUACAUGUAUUUUUUUUUUUUCCGAUUACAUGUGACUGAUUACAUCUAACAAAUUACUCCCCAUGCAACCCUGUUUGCAACUUACGUAUACUACAGAAAUUGCGUCCAAAUUGCUUUGUGCGACACAGGCUUUAGACUAUUGAGACACAAGCACCAGGGCUGGUCAGAACUAGACAGCUGAACUCUCAUGAAAAGAGGAAGUUAUUUGUGGGUGGUGUCUGGGAGGGGAAGGAACCCAGAAACAAGCCACUGCCAAACGGCAGCUUCUGCAGGACUCUAUUGCCACAGCACAGCAGGCUUAUUGCCUUGUCCACUAAAUCAGUCAAUGUCAUACAUACUGUACAUACACACAGAAGAAAACAUGUUUUUUCUUUCUUCUCCUCUUAUGCUUAUCUACACUGUGAUCUGUCUGUAGGAGGAGUGAGGCGAAGUGAUUCCCUUUUACCCAGCCAGCUUUGAUGUCUCACAUCGUGAAGAACAAGGGAGGAGAAAAGAGUUGCGGUGGUAGUGAUGGUCAUGAACUUUGACCUGCCCACCAGGCCUACUUUGAAUCCUAUUGCUGUUAUGCUUUCCUUGGGAAUAUAAACCUGACAAAUGCAUGCAUGACCAUAUCAGGGGCGUAUUCACUAGGAACCAAACGGGCAGAAACGAGGAGGGACAAACUUGUCCAAUGAGAAACACUAAUAUUUGCUAACGUUUUCAAUGGUAUGCACUAAUGAAUACACCCCUGUUUUUCUAUCUCUGUGGUGUAUUCUCUCGACACAGUUUUUCUGCCCGCCAAUCGUGUAUUUUUAUGGUAUGGGCAUUGUGAAUGGAUUAAUUUAGGAUAGUUACUCUGCUCAAAAGCUGGUGUACAUGUUUGUCCUCCAAACCUUGGUAACACUUUCUAAUAUCUUUCAUGAAAAAAACAUCAAAUGCUUUAUAAACUAUAAAUGUUAUAAAAUAUUAUGCUUAUAAAGGCUUACAAAUAACACAUACGUUUAUAAAUUGUUUAUUAAUGGCCUGCCGAGUGGCGCAGUGCUAGCUGUGCCUGGUUCGUGUCCAGGCUCUGUCCCAGCCAGCCGUGACCGGGAGACGCAUGGGGCGGCGCACAAUUGGCCUAGCACUGGCCCGGGUUGGGGGACGGUUUGGCCGGCAGGGAUGUUCUUGUCCCAUUGCACUCUAGCGACUCCUAUGGCGAGCUGGGUGCAAUGCACGCUGACACAGUUGCUUUCCAGUUGGCUUCCGAGUUAAGCAGGCAUUGUGUCAA